UAUCUGAUUAGUAACGCUGUAGCGUUUCCGGCUUCUUUAUUGUCAGUUGCUGAUCCGGCAUGUGAUAAAUUUCCAGUUCAGCAAUAACAUUGCGCAGUAGUUUAUAUUAUGCUUUUUUAUAAACUUUGCAGUUUUUACUUUUUUACCCAAGCACACAUAUGCAAAUCAAAAUUUUGAUAAAAGCAGCCAUUGCUUAAUCUUUGUUUUCUGAGCGGUUAUGCAAAUAUCUUGGCUCAGAUCUGCUGUCUGAUGUGAUCGAUGCUGUUGCGCUGUUGAAUCUGAAUGAUUUAUUUCGCACAUAUCGAGUAUGAACGGUUUUGCUUUCCUUUGUUUAUUUGUAUGGAUAAGUGGAACAACAGCCGAUAUACGGCACUUUAUUCCUUUGCAAGCUUCUGCCAGAAUAACAGAUGACGAUAUCGUCGUUCUUCACGAUGCGGACAACUUUGUCAGUGAAACGACAACAACACCUGUGUCAUUGCCCGAUCUCCCGGUUCCCAACUGGUCUUUCGUCAUAUCUGACGUUGUGCUUAUCAGUUAUGCCACACCAGAAGACCGGGAUAUUGCGCUCCAGCAGAUUACCCAAGUCUGGCAGGAUGCUCUAGCGCCACAAGUGAACGAUGUCCAGGUCGUGUUAGUGGACGAUUUGCCGGCUCCAUCCAAUCUCUCACACCAAUACGCCCGCUCAAAAAGCAAAGCCAAUCUGAUCAUCUACGUUGUGCUGGGCAACACAGAAGACCCGAUUGACACGAAUGCCGCAAAACUGGCGUUCCGUGAUGAACUGGCCGAAACCAAGAUUCCGGUAACACCAGUCAAUCUCACAUCGCCCGACGCUACCAACGUAGUCAAUCACGCCACGAACGAAACAUUCGCCGUAUUGGAUUCCGUGUGGGUCAAGUACAAUACCCCGGAAGAGCGCGACGACCUUUUACGAAGAGUUAAAACUAUCUGGGAAUCAUUACUAGCGGGAAUGGCGUUCAAUGUGCAUUUGACUCUGUUCGGCGAUACGCCAGCUACCUCGGAAGCGUUGCCCCAUUUGAUUACGUAUAUUAUUACCGGGCGCAAACUGAACAACGAACAAAUUUCCGAUCAAGAUGUGGGGCUAAAACUCCAAUUCCGAAAUUUAUUGCGUUCUUCCCAGUAUGCCGGAUUGUGGCCGGUUGCGUUCGCGCUACCCAAAUUGUCCGAUGUUUCCACCACGACAACCGCAACCACUGAGAAAUUAAUUACAUCAUCCAGUAAAACUGUAGUAAAAAGCCCGACGUUGUCGGUAAAAGAAACUCCACAACCACAUAAUACGGGGUCACCUUUCUGGAUUACGGAUAACUUGAUAUUACCUUACGAAACUGUAGAUCAGCGGAAUUUCUUCCUGCAACAGAUCAAAACUUUAUGGAAUAAAGUAUUAGGAGCAGAAGCGACGGGGUUGGAUGUCCGUUUCGUGGACAGUGUCAAAGCCGACAACGACACGUCGUCAUCGCAAAGGAUACCGGUGUACAAUGUCACAUACGAAGUCAGCGGAUGGAGUGUUGAUCCGAAAAUUUUAUUGCACGCACUGGAGCGCUUCCACCAGGCGGUGGCGGACGCCCAAGGAGGGGGCCAAAAAGAUACAACGACUAAACCGCGAACACCGAUAAUGACGUCAAAUAAUAAAACCAUUGGUGUAAAGGACAAAGGAACGCUGCAGCCUGGGACGUUAACUAUUGGAAGUACAUCGAACGAGCCCCAGACUGUUAAUCUGGAUAACGCGGCGCAAGAGUUCAUGUGGUCGUUACCACAAGAAACCGUUCAGUUAACAGCGGCCGUUGAUGUCGUCACGAAACCGCCCACAACCGUUCCGACCACUCUAACGCUGACCGUGGAAACAGCCACGCAGGACUUCGCCCAACCCUUAUCGGCAAAGAUUAACAAUGACCUUUUGAAGAUUCCGUCAUUUAUGCAGGCACUACCUGACGAUAAAACCGCUAAAAAUCCUACUACGGUCCAGCCGGUGACCGAACCGCCUGCAACGACGACGUACGCGUCGGUCGAUGCGCAAAUUCAAGAUCUUAUUCGGAAGCGGUUUGGUGGUGUGAAUCCUGCUGGUAUGCACGCGACGGUGUUUAAUGAGAAUAUCAUGUUUGAACUGAACACCAACGAGACCAGUGUUGGGGAAAUUAUGGAAGCUAUUCGCCGAGUUUGGAUGGAUGCCAUCGGAUCCGAAACACAAGCUGAUGUAUUUUUAUCCGUUGUGCGCAAUGAUUCCGUGCAAGUUGGUCCAGUGGAUUCUCGAACCACCAUCCAGAACGUGGAUUACGUUGUUCUGGCACUAACCCGUGCUGGUGAUCUUGAUGUGGAGAGCGUUCGAAGCCGCUUCCGCGAACUAUUAGCCGGAGCCGGUAUGACGAAUAUUAUCCCAAAAACGGACCUCUUUUCCGGCCUGUUUGACCGUCGUAAAGUGAACAACAACAUCAUUCUGGGAUCGUUGUCAGUCAGUUUCACCGAUAAAGAGCUGCUGAGCAAUUUGACUGAAGCGUUGCAAAAGAUAUGGUCCAACGUUUUGGGUAGCGAUGCGACCGACGUCCAAGUUUCCAUAUACCGGGACGCGCCACAUGCCCCAACAACCGCCAUCGCCGGCAACGAACUGUACCAUGACGUUUACUAUGUCGUCUUAGUGCAAACUACGAAAUCCGAUAUUGACGUCGACACUCUUCGGGAUAAAGUUCGCGAACUGUUGCCGACGAUUGAUAUUGCCGGGGUGACCGUUAUCCCACCGGUCAAGCACGAAUCAAACGACAUUCCCGGUGACUCCAGUGACAAAACCUUGAGCAAGCAACAAACGUCGGUAAAUGCCAACGAUCCAUCUGCAGAUCCUCUUUUGGGAUUACAGCUACAGCACAGAAUUUUAUUGAAUUAUUCCACUGAAGCGCAGAAGAUUGAUGAACUGGGGCAGAUUCGGCAGCUCUGGUUUGACGUCUUUGGUCCAGACGUCAGCGAUAUCAAAUUACGAUUGGACAACGAGACAACGGUCAGCACCAGCACCGACGGAUCAGCGUUGAACUACAUUGAAUACACCGUAUUUGUGGUGACCAAGUCCACAAACUACGACCAAGAAGCGGUUCUGCAGAAAUUCCGGCAUAAUUUAAGGAGUGCUUUCCUGAACUUCCAAGCAUCGGAAGUACCGGAGGUCAUGGUGGCCACUGGUCGUGAUGACAGUGAGGUGUUCGUUAAACUCGACCAGCCAGAGCCGAUUCGGUCGGUCCUAGUUUACGACAGCGUAGUAUUUCUUUACACAACGGACAAAGAAAAGGAGCAAAAGCUGGAUCAGCUGAAGGAAAUUUGGGGAAAAUCUCUCGGAUUGAAAGUUGUUGCUGUUCACGUGCGCCCAAUUUUUGACGAAGCUGUGCAGAAUUCCAGUGUGCACCACGUAGAGUACAUUCUUGUGGCACUGACCAACGGUACCGCUUUGGAUGCGGAUGAAGCACGAACAGGAGUGCGCAAAUAUGCCGCUAGUCGCAAUCAAACCGUUUUCGCCUUUCCGGACAAAAACACCCUGUUGCAUACCAUGCCAAGCACGGCUAAUUUUGCUGUUGUACCUUCCGGAAUUUUAAUCCGAUAUGCCACUGCACUGGACCUGAAAAACAUGGUGCAGGUGAUUCAAAACACAUGGCAAAAAGUGUUAGGACAAAAUGCGCCAAAAGUUGAUGUUGUUGUAUAUGAUGACAUCAUCCGACCGGAAGACCAAGUCGUUGCCGGUGACCCGCAUCCCGUUCACUAUGUGUCCUACGUCGCCGUCAUUCAAACAAGCGGAAAACCCAUUAACAUUCCCACCGUCAUAGCGCGUUUUCAGGAACUUCUAUCCGUCGGCAUGGAUCGCAAUGCCACCAAAACCAUUCUCGUUAAUUCCACAGCGACCAUUUCGAAUUCUCCAAAACGAACACUCACAGCAACCGUCGUCAACGCAUCCCUUCUCCCAAAUAUAACGAAAUCAGAGUCAAAUAACACAAGUACCUUUAACAUUACGAUAAACCUCCAAAAUCCGAGAAAGAGCCUGCUUUUGUCAAAAGCCAACGAUACUGCAGAAGGCACUACAAAGGUCAUGAAUGUGGCUACGACAUCAGCAACUGUAACGAGUCGGACACCCGCCCUAUCGGUUAAGAUGGUCAUUUCCAAAGCGAAUGUUUCCAGUCCAACAUCUUCAAAGAAGGAAACUUUGACCAUUUCGCCCGUUGCAAGUGCCGGUGAGCCAGUUUCCGUGCCACCGCUUCCGGCCGCUUUAUUGAUAAAGGAUCAUAUUUGGCUCGUAUAUAAAAGCAAUAUCGAACGGGAUAACUAUUUGGGACAAAUUCGGGACGUAUGGAAAAAAGUCCUACGAGAUUUCGGGGUAUCGAAUGUUUCUCUGGAAUUCGAUUUUGAAGCACUCGAUCAUACCGCCAGCAAUUUACCGAAUUCCCACAAAGUGUACUACACCGUUCUUGGGACACAGUCCAACAAAACCGCCCACAUUGACACAUACGCCGCUAAGCACCGGCUGCGCCAAAUCUUACCGACCGGAAAAUUCAUGUUCGGUUUUGACGUCGAAGAGGUCAACGAAUUUAACAAACACGCUGCUCAGGGUAUUUACAAGGAUAUUGUUGAGGAGAAGCCACCCAAAAAGGAAAUUGACGAAUAUGACGAGAUAGACGCCGCACCGGUGACCUCUAAAAUUACGUCUAACGAUCCUAAGAUAGAGAUUGUACGGUCUGUUAUUCUGCAAUAUUCGGACGAUGAAGAACGAGACGCGGAAGUGGAUCAGCUGUUAUUAUUGUGGAAUAAAAUUACCCGUAAAAACGUGACAAUUAUUCGUUUAUCGGAUAAAAUUCUUUCCACGGAUGAAACAUACGCACCCGGAAGUGUGCACGAAUUCAACUAUACCGUCCAGCUCAAUGCCAGCAAAUCGUCACUGAACAAAACCGCUUUGCUAAACCUGGCAACGGCCUUUGAAAACGCUUUACGCCUGGAAAAAUUUCCUUUCGUUCUUAAUGGAUCCGAGCUAAUUCAUCCGGUUAUUCCAGAACGCAAAUUGGUGAUUACACUCGGCUCGAUUAUACGGGAUUUCAGCAACGUGACCUUUAACGGUGUACCCAUCAAAAAUGUGAAUUUCUCGUCCAUUGCGGAACAAGUGCAAGAGCAGCUACAAAAUUCUAGUAUUACUAUAACACCGAGCUUAAAUGGAAAUUUUACCAUUGCAAUUAACAAUCAUACUCAAAAUGUUUCGGCUACCAACAAAUCUCACAUCGACCACGGAAAAAAUGUUGUAAAUGGAUCAUUGUACAUCCGAUAUUUCAAUGCAACGGAUAAGGAAGUAGCGCUGGGAACAAUGCGAAACAUCUGGAAAUCGUUGUUCGUUUUAGGUUUCAGCGAAGGAUUGGUUAAUCUGACACUGCUUAUUGACGAUACCAAGCAGACAAACGCAACUAAUUUGUUACCACGAUGUCCAUAAGGUCACCUACACCAUCUGGAGUCCCAUUGACGUAGACCUAUCGCCACCGCAAAAGAAGUUUGACGGUUUUCUUCGUGCCAGCAACGCGCCGUUUUUAUAUUACAAAGCCCAAGGCAACAGCACCGCAGCGCCGACGACUUUUAAUGCAACUGUAGGAACCCUUGCCACUGUUCCUAUAAAAAGAAUGAAGCGGGUUAACUCAUAUCGAGAUGGAAGCCUAUUUUUACCGUAUAUUGGGGGAUUUCUGUCGCGUGCCUUGGACGCUGUAUCCUACAGGAGUCGCUCUCCAAUAAGAGCGAUAUCGUUAAUUAGGGAAUAGAUGAAUAACUGAGUGUAUGGACUAUAAAAUUGUUUGUUAUACCAAAGUUUAUCAUGUUAUAUAUUACCGUGCUCGGUGUUUUUGUUAUUGACCAUGUAUUAAUUACUGACUGAAUCCGGUUUGUCGACACGAUCGAAUUGCUAGCUAAUCCAUAAUUUAUUAUUAAUUUUGUUAUUUCAAUAAAAUACCUGUA